AUUAACUUUUUCUUUUCUCUGCAUAAAAUUUUUUCCCAGGAAUAUUUCUUUUAAAAAAUCCAUUCAUUCCUAAACAAGAUAAAAGCAUCUCUCUCUUUUUUUCCCCUUUCCUUUGCUUAACUCACCAAACUCUGAUUCCUUAAGCAUAUAUCAAAGCUCUCUUCUUUUUUUCUUUCAACUUUCCCGGGAAAAUCUUCUCUCUUGUUUAAAAAAGCAUCAAUCUUUUUUUGUUUCUCUUUUACUUUUCCUAACUUUUUGUUUAUAUAUAUAAACAAAACACACGAACGAAGAAAGAAAGAAACACAUAAGUUAAUAUUACAACAGAGAGAGUUUUGAAAAUGGAGACAGAGAAGAAAGUUUCAUUACAGAGACAGAGAGAGCAAAGAAUCAAGAACAUAGUCACAACACAACCAAGAAUCUUACGAAUCUCUAUGACUGAUCCUUACGCUACAGAUUCAUCAAGCGACGAAGAACAAGGUUUUGAAGCGAUAUCUAGAAAACGACGCCGUGUCAAGAGGUACGUGAACGAAGUGGUUCUUGAAUCGGUGUGUGAUGAUAAAGAUGACAAGGCGAUGAAGAUGACGAAGAAGAGGAGAAGGCAGAGUGUUGCUACUCCUCCGGUGGUUGUUACAUCGGCGACGUCGAGGAAGUUUCGUGGUGUGAGACAAAGACCGUGGGGGAAAUGGGCGGCGGAGAUUAGAGAUCCGACAAGACGUGUUCGUGUUUGGUUAGGUACUUAUGACACGGCGGAGGAAGCCGCCGUUGUUUAUGAUAACGCCGCUAUUCAGCUACGUGGUCCUAACGCGCUUCUCAACUUCCCUCCUCCUCCUCCUCCUCCGGUUGAAGAAGAAGCUGAAGAAACGUCAGAUUUUAUCAGUAGCGGCGGCGGAGGAUGUCUUGCUUCUCCGGUUUCAGUUUUACAGUCUCCGUUCUCCGGCGAGUCUACGGCGGUUAAGGAGGAGUUUGAGUUUCCCGGUGUAUCGGCAAUGGUUGAAGUGAAGGAAGAGCCUUUGAGUACUGUUUCGGGUACGUAUACGGAUUUUUCGGAGUCUUUGUUCUCAGUCGACGAGUUUUUUGGUUUUCCGACGUCGAUGACUGAUUGUUUCGGCGGAGAUUUGUUCGGAGAGGAUCUUUUCACGGAUAUGAGUUUCGGAUCCGGGUUUGGGUUUGGGUCUGGGUCUGGAUUCUCUAGCUGGCACGUGGAGGACCAUUUUCAAGAUCUUGGGGAUUUAUUCGGGUCGGAUCCUCUCUUAGCUGUUUAAAACUAAAAGGCGACGUUAAAAGAAGAAAAAAAACACCGGUCGUUAUUCAACGGCGUUAGGUGAAGUUUUGUUACCGGCGGAGAUAUUAAAAUUAUCGGCGAUUUUUUAAAUAAUUAUUAUGAAUAAUUUGUUAUAUAUAAUUAUAUAUUCAAAAUUUUAACUUAAUUAAUGGUGAAUUUUGGUGUGCACUA